AGUAGCCUGGGCCUACUGCUGGCCAGAUGUCAGCAUUCCUGAACUAGCGUUUCAGGCACUGAGUUUAUGGGAACGUAAAUGUAACUAUGGCGAGAGAACCAGGGCAAUACUGUGGUAUAGGACAGUAUGUAAUAACAGGCUACAUUAAUUAUCUUACAUUAUGCCUAGAAUAAAUUACAUGAUCUGUCAUUGAUUUCUGACCCAAUAUUUGAUAAGGCCCGGGCAUAUUUAUCUAUAGGCUUCUCCUCCCCUCGCGCAAUAAAGCUCCACGGUAGAGCGCUGUUGAUAUUCGAGAUGAGAGUAGUUGGCUUGUCCAGUGUCCCGCGGACACACCUCCCCCUCCCGCACGUCGCGCUCGGCAGCCAGCGGACAGCGCAGAGAGCUCAAGCCUACCGGAGCCGUUUAAAGAUGGCAGAACGACAGCAGAAACACGAAGGCGGCCGAGUGAAGAUCGGACAUUAUCUUCUCGGAGACACUCUGGGCGUCGGCACCUUCGGCAAAGUAAAGAUUGGAGAGCACCAGUUGACAGGUCAUAAGGUGGCAGUGAAGAUCCUGAACAGACAGAAAAUCAGGAGUCUGGAUGUGGUGGGCAAGAUCAAACGAGAAAUACAGAACCUCAAACUAUUCAGACACCCUCAUAUCAUCAAACUGUACCAGGUGAUCAGUACUCCUACAGAUUUCUUCAUGGUAAUGGAGUAUGUCUCAGGAGGAGAGCUGUUUGACUACAUCUGCAAACACGGACGGGUAGAAGACAAAGAGGCUCGUCGGUUGUUCCAACAGAUCAUCUCAGGGGUAGACUACUGCCACAGACACAUGGUGGUGCACAGAGACCUCAAACCUGAGAAUGUUCUGCUGGACCAUUCCAAGAACGCCAAGAUAGCUGACUUUGGGUUGUCAAACAUGAUGUCAGAUGGGGAGUUCCUGAGGACCAGCUGUGGAUCUCCCAACUACGCUGCUCCUGAAGUCAUCUCUGGAAGGUUAUAUGCUGGCCCUGAAGUGGAUAUAUGGAGCUGUGGUGUGAUCCUGUAUGCGUUGCUGUGUGGGACUCUACCCUUUGAUGACGAACAUGUUCCCACGCUGUUUAAGAAGAUCAGAGGGGGCGUGUUCUAUAUGCCAGAAUACCUCACUCGCCCUGUCGCCUCCCUGCUGCUGCUCAUGCUGCAGGUCGACCCAUUGAAGAGAGCCACCAUUAAAGACAUUAGGGAACAUGAGUGGUUUAAGCAGGACCUGCCAGGCUACCUGUUUCCAGAGGACCUGUCUUAUGACUCCACGGUUCUGGACGAGGAGGCCGUCAGGGAGGUGUGCGACAAGUUUGAGAGCACCGAGUCUGAGGUGAUGUCCAGCCUGUACAGCGGAGACCCCCAGGACCAGCUGGCGGUAGCAUACCAUCUGAUUAUAGAUAACCGUCGUAUCAUGACCCAGGCCAGUGAGUUCUACCUGGCCUCCAGCCCUCCCCAGGGCUCCUUCAUGGAGGAUGGCAUUCCCCUGCCUCCCAGGGUCAAACCACACCCAGAGAGGAUGCCCCCCCUGCUGAUAGACAGCCCUAAGGCGCGCUGCCCGCUGGAUGCCCUCAACACCACCAGAGCCAAACCCCUGGCAGUGAAGAAAGCCAAGUGGCACCUGGGCAUCAGGAGUCAGAGCAGACCUUAUGACAUCAUGGCUGAGGUCUACAGGGCUAUGAGACAGCUACAGUAUGACUGGAAGGUGGUGAACCCGUACCACCUGCGUGUUCGGAGUAAGAACCCAGUAACAGACAACCUGGUGAAGAUGAGUCUCCAGCUGUACCAGGUGGACAACAGAUCCUACCUGCUGGACUUCAAGAGCAUCGAUGAUGACAUCAUGGAGGCAGUAGGGUUUAAGUCAGGUUCUUCCAUCCCUCAGAGGUCAGGCUCCACUGCAGGGCUCCAUAGACCCAGACUCAGUGUGGACUCAGCCUUACCUGCCGUGGAUCUCCCCCAGCUCAGCUCCUCCCUGCCUGGGUCGCUGUGCUCCAGUGCUGCCCUCAUUACCUCCACCCCGCGCCAGGGCAGCCACACCAUGGACUUCUUUGAGAUGUGUGCCAGUCUCAUCACCACACUGGCCCGCUAGAGAAGGUUAACCCCGCUGGAUAACGUGAAGUCAGGAAAACUCCAGGUCCUACUUGCAUAACCUCUAAAACAGAACCCUGGCCUGAGCCUUGUAGUUAGGCCAGGAUCACACCGAUAUCAAACUGUCUAAGUUUAGUAGAGCACUGUUCGCCUAACCACAUAUCUAGGGUCAGUUGUGUGUUGUUAACUCCCUAUGUUAAAGGUUUGGACUGGGCAUGGGAAACUGAUUCUAGAUCUGUGGUUAGGCUUCCUGUCUGUCGAGAGCCAGUCUUGCCAUGGGAAAGGUUAGGGGUUAGAGAUCAAACUUGCUGGGGCAAGGUCACGUUAGGUCAAAUCUACUUUAUCCCAUAGACUGUAUAAAUAUGGGCAGCUCCUCCCACAUUACUCUCAACCUCCAAUCAGCUGUGGAAUAGCCAUCACCAUAACAGAAUUGCAAACAAUUUUAUGCAUCCAGUUUUCAGGGAUACAGUUAAUUCAACUUAGCUUUCUUUUCCGCUGAAAACCGGUUGUGUGAAGUCCGCUAAGACGUUUUUCUUUUAUGCCUACUAUGUUAGGUUACGCAUUUAAUUUGUUUUUUUAUGACACAGAUUUUGUUACCCAUAUCAUAUUUAUAUUAAUAUCAUUUUGAGUAGAUGUUGAUUGAAUGACAUACCAAAACAAAUUGUUUCUAUAUACAAAGAGGAAUGUUAUUAUUUAUUUUUAGAGAUUGUUUUAAAGGCUGUGUUGUGGUUACUGAUUAUUGAAGCACUGCUGAUGUUUGAAGAGAUUUUAGGUGAUGAGGUCAUAGAGAGAGGAGGCUAGCUGACUGGCAAUAUUGUUCUGUGGAUUAGUUGGCAUUGAUGCUACCAGACGGACGACGAGGAGGGAAGUGUGUCUGUAACGAGCCUCAGAGGACUCUACGGCACGGAACCUUUCUCUAGGUGCCUUAACACAAAUGUUGCUUCUAGCUUGGUGGCAAUGUUUUGUUUGUAGAAACAGAAUGGAAACCAUACAUGUAUGUAAAGGAGUGACAGACCGGAGCUUGCCAUUGAUUGGUCAGGAGGAGAAGACAUACUGUAGUUUGUCAAUAGUUAGUCAGCAGCAUAAUACCCUGCAUACCACUGCUGGCUUGCUUCUGAAGCUAAGCAGGGUUGGUCCUGGUCAGUCCCUGGAUGGGAGACCAGAUGCUGCUGGAAGUGGUGUUGUAGGGCCAGUAGUAGGCACUCUUUC